AUGUCUUCCGAUCUUGUCUAUGAUAAUCAUGUUGACAUGAUUGAUUCAGACUUGGCCGAGACGGACUUCGCCAUGGCUUCUGACAUUGUUCACGGCAACCAUGUUAAGGUGAUCAAUUCAGACCUUUCUGAUGCGGACAUGCUUGCCGAGGAACUAGAGUCAAAAUUGCAAAUCAAGGGCGAAACAGAUUGCCAACAUAUCCGCGGAAUCCCAAUCCUAGAUCUAAUGGACAAGUCUCAAGCCAUCCGAAUCCCUUGGACAUCUCGUGACAGAAUUAUCUUUACGUCUCACGCUGCGCGCCACAAGCUUAACAAAGGAACGCUCGGCAUGCUAUACAUGGACGAAUUGAUUGACAGACUUGGCUUUAGACCGUUCCUGUCGGGGACUUACCGCGAUGUGCUUGUUCCAAAACUCACGAGUGCACUGGACUAUUUGCUCAAGGCGUUACAUGAAAAAGGGCAUGUUAUACACAGGGCCAGAAAGCCAUAUUCAACCAUGUGGAAACCCCAUACCACGGUAUGGGGACAAGAGGACUGGGAUGGAAACAUGUCCAGACCAAGUACUACCCCGACGCAACAUGGUGGGUUUCUGCCGACAAUGUCUGGGGCUAUACCUGACAGAGAUAUCGGCCCUGAAGACUCUGCGUCAGAUAACAUUUACGAUGCUACACCGCCUCCAACUCCAUCGCCCCAACGAUUCAGAUCACCAGAUGAGAUACCCCAACUCAUCAACCCUCUGCAACUCCCGAAAGCAUUCCAGAGACCGCCACCAACAGACACAUUGAGGUCUUGUACUGCUAGACAGGAGCACCUGUUCACGCCACUCCCAACACCAGCGUUCCAGGAAAGAUCGAGCACAUGGCUCAGAAAGGUGAAGAACGACCUUCAUCUUUCUGACCUGUUCAUGGCCAGGAAGCAAAGUAGCGGCUGUGGAGUAAAGAGACGGCCGCCAAGACCGGCACCCAUCCCUGUGCCGAGUCGACCUGCGCCCAGACAUAGCAACCUUGUGGAACUUUCACCCCCUGGAAUAAGAAGGCCAAUCACCCCAAUCCUGCCUAUAGUCCCGCAGACACCAUGUGAUUAUAGCAACUUUCAAAUGAUACCACCGGGGACACGAUUGUCAAUCCCUUCAGCCCUACCUACUAAUCCUCAGACACCACACCAUGGUGAUUAUGCUGAGACACCACCCCCGACAAGGUGCACCGUUACUAGACAAGAGCCUCCUCCGGGGCGUCUAACACUUCAGCCCCAGACUCUUCCUUCGACGCUGCAUGCAAUAUCGCCAGAGACCCCGCACACUGCACGUCUCACGCAUCCGCAUCCAGAAGCAAAUCUUGAGAGCACAAUCAUGAGAAUCUCCCUCCUGACAGCUUGGCUUCAUUUCAACAAGUACGCUCCUUCUCUUGAAACACAAAGACGCGAAAGACGGCUGGAGCUGGAGGGGCUUGUAGAGAAGUACCCCCGGAGUGCGUUUGCGACCAUGAUGUGGAGGUUUAGUGGCGGGUUAGUCGUGAUCUAG